CUGAUUGGAGCACGACUGCCCAGGAUGUCCAACUGCUUGCCAAAACUGACCACAGUGCUGCAGAGCCACAGGCGCAGGGCUCUGUUUAUCCUCGCCACUUCAUUUGUGUUCUUUGCCUCUGUCAUGUUCUACUGGAGAACUGGGGAGGAUGCUGAGGGCCAGCUCUACAGCUUGCCUACACAAAGCGGGUGUGCUCAGUUUAAGCCUUGCCUUCCCCGUCCCACUGCCGGUGGGCCCUCUCCUUCCCCGGGGGAUGUGUUUUUUGUGGAGACCUCAGAGCGAACUAACCCAAGUUACCUGUUCACGUGCUCUGUGGAGUCAGCGGCCCGGACACACCCUGGGACAAGGGUCGUGGUGCUCAUGAAAGGCUUGGCAAACGGUAACGCCUCGUUACCCAACAACUGGCCCUUCUUGUUUCUGAGCUCCUUCCCCAACGUGGAAUUCCAGCCCCUGGACUUGCCGGAGCUUUUCUCAGGGACGCCUCUGGCAAAGUGGUACAUGCAGUCUGAGCACCAGAAGGAACCUUAUUUCUUACCCGUCCUGUCUGACGCCUGCAGAAUUACCAUCAUGUGGAAAUUUGGUGGCAUCUACCUGGACACAGACUUCAUUGUGCUUAGGAACUUGAAGAACCUCACCAAUGCACUUGGUGUCGAGUCUCAGGAUGUACUGAACGGGGCCUUUCUGUCCUUCAAACCCAAGCAUGAGUUCAUGGGGCUUUGCAUGCAGGACUUUGUGGAC